AACCAUUUCAGCACUAAUGGGAAACUAAUGGGAAACAGAAACUCCCUCUUCUCUACCCAUUUUCUUGGUCAACAAACAGAAGUUUCCUUUCCAACCCAAGAAGUCAAAAACAAACUAUUUAUCAGGUCGCACCAUUCAUUGCAAUUGGGACGAUCAUGUUAUUGGCACUUUAUUCUUCAAAAAACAGUAGUUGUUGCCUUUUUGCUUUAAAGGGUUAAGCUUCUUAACUUGACUUCUUCCGAACUUUUCUUGGUUCUGGUGAUCGACAGGAGCGAAGAGUUCAGCUUUGUCUUCAUGUGGUCGUGCUUUAGUUCAGGAAAUAAAACCCAGAAUGAUGCUCACUUUGGUGGGAUUGAUAUGAGAAAGGUCUCAUCUGCCACAGUGCCUUCUAUUCUCCAAACAAAUGGUGGGAUCUUACAGUCACCCGAUUUGGUGAGCUUUGGCUUUAGUGAACUGAAAGAAGCCACAAGUAACUUUAAUCAAGAUGCUGUGUUGGGAGAAGAUGGUUUUGGUUUGGUCUUCAAAGGGUGGAUUGAUAAGGAUUCACUAAGGCCUGCGAGGCCUGAGACUGGGAUGCCCAUUGCUGUAAAGAGGCUUAACCAAAAGGGCGUCCGAGGUCAACAAGAAUGGUUGGCAGAAAUAAAAUACAUGGGGCAGCUACAUCACCCAAAUCUUGUGAAAUUGAUCGGUUACUGCUUAGAGGAUGACCAUCGGCUUCUGGUCUAUGAGUUUAUUCCCAAUGGCAACCUGGAAGAUCAUCUAUUUGGAAGAAAUUCUCACUGUCAAUCACUCUCUUGGGAUAUCUAUAUGAAAGUUGCCCUUGGUGCUGCAAAGGGUCUUGCAUUUCUUCAUUCCGAGGCAGAUGUAAUAUAUCGAGACUUUAAGACAUCUAAUAUCCUCCUUGAUAUGAACUAUAAUGCUAAACUAUCUGAUUUAGGGUUGGCCAAGGAUGGGCCAACUGGUUGUAAUACCCAUGUUUCAACAAGGGUCUUGGGUACGGAAGGUUAUGCAGCACCUGAAUAUAUCAGAACAGGUCAUCUUACUGCAAAAAGUGAUGUGUACAGCUUUGGGGUUGUGCUACUUGAAGUGCUAUCUGGCAGGCGAGCUAUAGAUAGAAACAAGCCAUCCGGAGAACAAAAUUUAGCCUGGUGGGCAAGGAGCACUAUCAACAAGCACAAAUUUUCCCAAGUUUUGAAUCCUGCCAUUUUAGGACAGUACUCCAUAACAAGUGUGAUAAAAGUGGCUCAACUUGCAUCACAAUGCGUGUCAGAGGAGCCAAAGUCUCGGCCAAAGAUGAAAGAUGUGGUAGAAAUUUUGGAAUUACUUCUAGACUCCAAUGACAAUGAGGAAUGCAAAGGCUCUAAACAUUGUAAAUCAAGAAAUGGUUCUAAAAAUGGCAGGAGAAAACUCAGAUGAAGCUCAGCCUUCUAAGGAACCAUAUGCUUCUUUCCUAUUCAUAUAUAAACAAUUUUUUUUUUCUUAUUUGACUUAGAUUGAGAUUUAAAUUUGAAAUCUCAUGGAGAAAAUGACUCCAUUAUCACUGAACUAAAAUUUAUUCAUAAUGAUAACAAAUUCUUAAUUUGAUUUUGUAGUAAA